UAGGUUUGGAUUUAUGUUUACGGCGAAACUUUCCUGAGCUAACUAUUUAUUUAAGACUCCCAUCCCCGUCUGUAGACGCAGUUCUUCGGGGUGGUGCCGCUGCGGAUUCACUCGGCCCACCGUCGUAGUUGGUUAGCAUAGCAGUUAGCUUUUUAGCCCCUUUCGUCCAAAUUUUUGCAUGGGUGGUCUCGCAGGACAGACACGCCUGUUGAGUUCUCCAUAUGAAUAUUAUCUCCUAUUUUAAAACAGUUUGGUUGCAUUUGAGUUUCCAUGAAAUAAUUCGUAUCUUCCAUAAUAAGAGGUUUGUUGUUUUUCCUAAUAAAGUUUAUUUGUAUUUUGAUGGAGACGUUGGAGCUGUGCGGUGCAGCGGCUGGUUGACCAUGGACACCGUGUCCAGCCACAGCUCCUACCUGCUGCAGCAGCUCCAGGAGCAGCGGAUCCAGGGUCUGCUCUGCGACUGCACGCUGGUGGUCAAAGGCGUCUGCUUCAAGGCCCACAAGAACGUCCUGGCCGCCUUCAGCUCCUACUUCAGGUCGUUAUUCCAAAAUUCCCCCAGUCAGAAGAACGAGGUGUUCAACUUGGUCAUCCAGGACGUCGGUGGCAUCGGACAAAUGCUGGACUACAUGUACACCUCCCGUCUCGACGUCAACCAAGAUAAUGUGCAGGCGCUGCUGGACAUCGCUCAGUGUCUGCAGGUUCCAAAUGUGCAGAGCAUGUGUAACGCCUUCCUCAAGCCGAGUCCUCCGCCGGUGGAAAUCGCAUCGUUUCCCCUCCCGGGCAUGCUGAGUUCUGAGCACGACUGCCUCCUGGGGAGCAGCCUUCCUCACGACGUUGACCUCCACUGCCCCUCUGACACCCAGAGGCCCGCCGGCUUCAGCGGCGACGCGAUCCACGGCAAGAGGUUGCCCGUUUCCGGCGGCUCCAACUGCGACGCGGCCGGCGGCGCGCAGCCGCCUGUGGAGAAGCAGCUCGUCCACGGCUACAAGCUGCGGAACUUCUACAGUAAGCAGUACUUCGAGCAGAGCGCGCUCCAGAUCAGCAGCGCCGCCUUGAAUCGAGGCCCGUGCCCUCUGGUGCUGCAGGAGGAGCCGGGGGUCGGCCCCCCUGCCGCGUGCUCGGGUAACCCGGCGCGGCCCAGCCCCCCCCGCACAUCCGUGGCCGCCGAAAAGCACGCCGUCUCUUCUUUAACACCCUCGGAUAACUUGGACACCCCCAACGUGACCUCGGAGGACCCGGCGCUCGACAAGCCGGCGCGCCCAAAGAAGUCCGUGUACCUGAAGAAGUACAACUACCUCCGAUCUCAGAAGGCCUUGGAGGAGAUGUUCGCCGACGCGGUGAGCGACCCCGUCCUCGGCUGUCCCAGAGAGAGCCCUCGAGAAGAAGAGGCGGCGGUCCGGACCGACGCUCCGGAAGCUCCCGCCGGGGACCUCAACUCGGACAGGGAGCCGGUGACGGAGACGGCAGCCGAUGUGCAGCUUCCCAGUCCUCCACCUGUGGACCGGGAGGAAGAAGAACAUCUGAAAGCGGCGCCGGAGCCGGCGCAGCACAUGGGAACCAACAAGCAGUAUUGCUGUGAGGUGUGUGGGAAGAUCUUCAAACACCCGAGCAACCUGGAGCUGCACAAGCGCUCACACACCGGUGAGAAGCCCUUCCAGUGUAAUGUUUGCGGGAGAUACUUCUCGCAGGCUGGAAAUUUACAGACGCAUUUGCGGCGGCAUUCCGGAGAGAAACCGUACAUCUGUGAGUUAUGUGGGAAAAGCUUCACGGCAUCGGGGGACGUCCAUCGUCACAAAGUGGUCCACACGGGAGAGAAGCCACACCUGUGUGACAUCUGCGGUCGCGGAUUCAACAACUUGAGCAACCUCAAGGAGCACAAGAGGACUCACACCACGGACAAGACGUUCACCUGUGACCAGUGCGGGAAAUCCUUCAACACGCACAGGAAGCUGCUGAAGCACAAGGCGCGGCACGCCGGGGAAAAACCACACAGCUGCGCCACAUGCGGUAAAUGCUUCAUCGGCUCCGGGGACCUGCAGCGUCACAGCCGGUCCCACACGGGUGAGAAACCCUACGUCUGCGACGCCUGCGGGAAGAGCUUCACCCGCUCCGCCAUGUUGAGGAGACACAGCGACAUGCACUGCAGGGGGCCCCCGGCCGACGGCCCCGCCGCGGGCGCCUCCUCCUCGCCUCCUCGCAGCUCUGGCGGCGCGGCCGCGGUCCCCAAACGCGUCGGCCGCAGGAAGCCUCCCGCCGCCGCCGAGCAGCAUUUCCCCGACGCGAUGCCCCACGCAUUAGAGAAACCGCCCCCGACUGCUACUUCGCCGCCACGUGUCGAGACUCCGCCUCCCAGCAUGCACCUCAGCCCGGCCUCUAGCCCCACCCGCCUCCCGGAGCUGCGCUCCCUGGUGCCCCAUCACCUCCUCGCCUCCAACCACCAGGAGAGGGGCGCGGCCGGCGACCACGGGAAGCUCGCCAAAGCGCAGCCGUCUCCGGAGGUGGUGUACGGCCCGUACGUGGAGGACGGCGACGUGUCGAUGGAGACGGGCCGAGGUCACUGCGGCGGCCUCGCCUCCUCCGGCAGGCCCGGCGCCUACAGGUCCUCCGAAGGCCAGUUCAUCUCCAGCGUCACUCUGUGGGGUCUGGCCAUGAAGACGCUGCAGAACGACAACGACAUGGAGCAGUGACGCGUUGGAGGAGCCCAGCGGAGCCCCCCCCCGGUAUUUAAUGAGCUAACCCGUAGCUCAGAUGUAGCACUAUGAUUCACUCAUAACUUAAUGACGCUUUAUUCGCGUGGUGAGUUUUCACCGCGGCUCCAAAUCGAAAGCAAGAGCUUCCUUUUUUAUUUUAAUUAAAUUAUAAAAUUGUGAUGAUUGCUCUGAAAAUUCUCCCACGCAGUUGGUUUUCCGGACCUGUGAUGUCACUGCACUUUAAAAUGUACAAAAUCUAUUUUUAACUAUCGGUGUCAAAUGUGGCGGUAUUAUAUUCAUACGAGAUUAAAGUCUGUACAUUAUAUUUAAUGAUCAUCUGUUGCCCUGUUAAUGUUUCUGACCGCCACAGUAAUACAUCAGUAAGAAGAAAAAAAUUUGUAUUAUUAUAUAGUACUCAAACUUUUAUAACUGGAUAUCCAUGGACACGCAUCUGGAAAAGGAAAUCUAAUUGUGGGCUUUUGAUACUAAAAGAAUUAAAUAUAACAUAAAAACAAAA